CUAGACUCCGCAGGCGUUGACAAGGCGACCCACGGUUCGGCUAGAAGCCUUUUGCAAAAUGCUGCCUCCUCUUCGCUCGGCCCGCUCCUUCUAGCCCUGAGCUCGUCGGCACAGGCGCCAACACCACCUCAAGCAUGACCUACUACACCAUUGCAGGCGCCUGCAUGACGCCGGGCGCGCUGGCGAACCUGCGGCCGCUCGCCGCGCGCGGCCGCGACGGCGCGGCCGCGCCCAAGGAGGUCCUGAUAGCCUGGGACAUCGAGAACGUGCGACCACCGGUCGGCAUACCGCUCCUGCUGGUCGAGAGGGCCAUCUCCAACGCCUUCACGCACCUGCCGCGCCGCAAGCGCCACGGCUUUGUCACCGCUCUGGGCCGCCGGUCUGUGGAUGCGAUGGCGCGCGCUCACGGCAGCGCUCAAGUGGACGCGUUGCUCAGACACGUGGACGCCUACCUCGCCACUGGCGGGGCCAAGAGCGCCUCUGCGGACGCCAAGCUGCUACAGAGCAUCGACGCCUUCAUCGAGCAGCAGUGCGCCACCGGCCGCGCCGCCCGCAGCGUGCUGGUGCUGAUCACCGGCGACGACGACUUCACCACGGGGGUGCGCAGGGCCCUGGACGCCGGCAUGGACGUGGAGCUGCUGCACCCGGGGCCGGGCUCCACCAGCGGCAAACUGCUAACCGCCGUCAAUGGCCGCGCCAAUGCCUGGCACGCCAAUUGGCAGCAGUUCCUGCAGUUCAUGCUCAACACCCAGCCGCUGUUGAGCACGGAGGCCGCCGCCGGCAGCGCCGCCACGACCGCUGCGACCGCCGCCGCCGUGCUGCUGAACUCACAGACACCGGCGGCGAUGGCAAUACCACAGCGCGGCCCUGGGAUGCCGCAGCAGCCGCAGUGGCCGCCGACACCGUUCAUGCACCCGGGCCCGGGGUUUGGCCAGCUACUGCCAUUUCCACACACGCCGCUGGUGCACCUCGGCAGCCCAUUGUCGCCGGCGCUGCAGGCGCUGUUGCCUGGCUCGUCGCCGUUCGCUGGGCUGCUGCAGCUGCCGCAGUGGGCGUCGCCGCUGCUACAGCCGUUCAUGCCGCAGCCGCGUGUGCUACAGCCGCAACCGCACGUGCAGCCGCCGCAGCUGCCACAGGCUGUGGAGCCAGAGCGGCUGCACCCGGAGAUACCCAUGCCGUCGAUACUGCGGCCGCAGCCGCAGCAACACGACCAGCGGCAACAACAGCACCACCAGGGCCACCAAGACCACCACCCGCAACAAGAGCAACAGCAGCAACAACAGCAAAAGCAACAACAGCAGCAGCAACAGCAGCAACAACAGCAAAAGCAACAGCAGCAACAGCAACAGCCCGAGCAGCGGCAGCACUGCUGUGGGCACGAGGCCGGCGUCGCCGUAUCAUGGCAAGUAAGCGGUGGUGGCGGCGGCGACGGCGGCUGCGCAGCGUCAGAGGGCGCCAGCAACGGCGGCUCCCGCGGCGGCGGCGCCGCCGCCGCGCCAGACGAUGCUAUGGCGCCGCGCACGCCCACAGCGGCGGCGAGCGCGGGGGGCGCCGCGGCCUCUGUCGGCAGCGUGGCGGGUGGCGGCGGUUGUCAGGGCGGCGGCGGCGGCGGUGGCGGCGGCGAGGUUUCAUCUGGCGGCAGUGUGGAACAGCAGCCGCUGGCAACGCAGUGUCGCGGAGCUGGGGGCGGCGGUGAAGCGUACAGCUGCGGCGGCAGCAACCGCGGUGCAUUCGGGCGGUUUUGCGGCUGCAAGGGUGGUGGCGGCGGUGGUGACGGCUACGGCGGCGGCUGCGGCGGCGCCGGUGUGUCAGUAGCAGCGGGAGACGUUAGCGCUGCCGGGAGCGUGGGCCGUUUUGGCUACCGCCCGGGCAGGUGCUUGCGAAUGGCGGGGGCGCCACUACCACCGCCGAAACCGCCGCCGCCGCUGCCGUCGCUGCCGCCGCACCUGGCACACCUGCUGCCGCCGCCGCCGCCGCCUCAGCCUCCGCUGCAGUGGCAGCAGCAGCAGGACCCGCUGCAGCAGCAGCAGCAGCAGCAGCAGCUGCAGCAUGAGGAGGAGGCGCAGCAGGAGGAGGAGGCGCAGCAGGUGCUGCUGGCGCGCGCCUCACUCCGCCUGGACAGCCUGCUGCCGGUGCAGGCGGCGCCCGAGCCCGCCGCCGCGCUACGGGGCGUCACCGGCUGGCUGCUGGCGCAGCAGCGGACCGGCGGCGCCGCCUUCGCACGUCUGCAGCAACUGGCUGCCCGCGUGGGCUGCGGGCUCACAGCCAGCCCAUGCGACGGCGGCACGCUUUUCCUCCGGCACCAUGCCGCCGCCACCGCCACCGCCGCGGAGUGCCACCCCCGCGGCGCCCUGCGCCUGGCCCUGGGGCAGCUGCGUGCACAACUGCUCCUGCUACUGGCGGAGCAGCCCCAGCUGCUGCUGCCGCCGGCGCCGCCGCCGCGGGCGCCGCCGCUCCUCCCGCAGGACGUAGCGGGGUCGUGGUCUGUGCCGCAGCAGCCGCACGGGCCGCACAAGGCACCCUCACGCAGGCACGCAACAGCAGCCGGCGCGGCGGGUGCAGCAGGCGCAGUGGGCCCAGCGGGUCGUGAGGAUGGGGGAGGAGCAGACGGCGCAGGCGCCCGCACGGCGGCUCGCAAGGACGUGGGCCAUGUCUGUCCCACCGCCGCCGCCGUCGACGCGCUGCAUGUGCCCUUGCGGCCACUGGCCGCGGUGGCCAGCGGAGGCGCUGCACCAUCAGCGGCGGCGGCGCCUGACACUCGCAAUGGCAUGGGUGAUGGCAAGGCCGGCGGGAAGAAGCGGCGGGCAGCAGCGCCGGAUGUCGAUUACGGCAAUGACGGCUGCUGCGAUGCAGAGAGCCCUAGCGGCAGCGGCAGAAGACGGGUUGCCGCCAAGGCCCGGCUGCUGGAUGGCGGCAGCAAUGCCGAGGCGCACAAACCCAACAUGCCAUGUCGUGGCGUUGAUUACGGCGGCACCGCCGGCGCCGCGCCUGCUGUUCAGGGUCACGAGGGCGCACAGCAAGCGAAGCCGCUGCAACCGCAGCCGCCGCGGCGGCAGCCCGCAGAGCGGCCACUGCUACCGCCAGAGCCGGAGCAGCACCAGCAGCAGCGUCAGCCGACGCUGCAGAUGCAGAAGCCAACCCGGCAGUCGCCGCAGACGUCGACGCCUCCGGGCCUGUGCACGCCAGGCCGCCCACACGAGGUGCGGCUGCGGCGUGCAUCCACGCCCGCGACAGGGCCGCACGCGGUGGCGGCGGCAGCUGCGGUGGCGCCCGACACACCAGCGCACAAGAGCCGAGCGGCAACAGGCGCAGGCGCAGCAGCGGCCGCGGCAGGAGCGGGUCGGGAGCAGGGCUCCGCUGCACAGCGCUACCUCAACCGCCACGAGCAAGUCCAGUGGAGGGACCCCGUCUGCUGAUGCUGCGGCAGUACGGAGUGGCGAGCGAGGGUAAGCAGAGCCGCCUCUGUGGAUGACGAGUUGUCGGACUGCACGGGGCAUCAGGGAUGGGUUCGGGACGCUUUCGGGACUAAGUGCCACAACACACCUACCUCUCGGGCGCGGCUGUAGUUGUCUCAUUGAGUAGCGGCUACGUACAUACAGCCUCUGCACAGCACGCGUCGAAGGCCUCCGCGAGACCGGGUUUUGCAAGGCCAAGUUGUCGCAGUAUGCCAAGUUGUCGCGAGGCGAUCGGGGGUCGUGGAUGGGGAUGGGAAUGGGGAUGGAGAUGGAGAUGGUCAGAUGGAGGCGUGCUAUGCAGAGCUUAGAGAUGCGGCGGCAAGUUGGGGGUCGUGGAUAGGCACGGAGAUGGAGGCUUGAUGGGCAGAGCUCAGAGAUGCGGCACUCUUUUGGGGCCAGCGACCCAGCGUCCGCAUCAAUGGGUAC